GAACUACAUCGCCGUUGCGUUUCGCACUGUCUGUCAUCUGUGAUGAGCUAAGAUCACGAUCGUUUCUGCUCCCUACGAAAACAAAAUGAAGAAAUUUUAGUGUCAAGCACAUUUUGCCAAGAAACUUAAAAGACAGAGCGACGGCUACCUCGUUUGAAGCAAGCACCUUGCUCACCACGCAUUGCAAUGUUCUUACUUUACUAACUUCGAGUCAGUGUAUGUUGUCAAACGGUCAUAGAUAAUUCGAAGCCAUGGUUCAGAAAUAUCAGUCCCCUGUUCGGGUUUACAAGUACCCUUUCGAACUUGUUAUGCUGGCCUAUGAAAAACGAUUCCCAACAUGUCCCCAAAUACCAGUGUUCGUCGGGUGUGAGGUUUUGAAAGAUGAGGAGUCUCCUGAUGGUUCUGUGAGGAAAACUGAAAGGCGCUGCAAGCUCAUUGUUGAAGCUCCAUAUCUUCUGAAAAAGAUUAUUGGAGUGGAUUAUGUUUACUUCAUCCAGAAAAAUACCCUUGAUCGUAGGAAGCGUAUUCUUACCAUAGAAGCUUUCAACGAAAGUUUUUCAACUCGUGUUGAAAUAUUGGAAACAUGUCGAUACUUUGUGCACCCGGAAAACUCUGAAUGGACAUGUUUUGACCAGACUGCCAAUUUGGAUAUCAAAUCAUUUUUUGGAUUCGAAAAUACAAUGGAAAAGCUUGGAAUGAAGCAGUACUCUGCCAAUAUUGCAAAGGGCAAAGAAAUAAUUGAGUAUUUUAUCACAGAACUUGAAGAGGAAGGCAUUACAUCUGUUUCAAGAUGGAAGGCAUCCAGUGCUACUGGAGAUGGUUCAGAAGAAACUGAAGAGAAUGGUGCUAUUAGAACAAGCGAAACAACAACUGGGUCCGAUUCAAAUCAAUGCGGUGAUAAGUCUAAAGAGUGUGCGUUCCAACUGGACUCGGAUUACAUCAAGAGAUACUUGGGUGAGCUAAGUGUGAUGGAGGAAUCUCGACUUGUUCAAUUGCGAAAGUGGUUGGCCGAUCUUCAGAAGGGCAAGCUCCCAAAUGAUGCAACACUUCUCCGAUUCCUUCGUGCCAGAGACUUCCAUGUCGAAAAAGCAAGAGAAAUGCUAUCUCAGUCGUUAAUGUGGCGCAAAAAACAUGGUGUUGAUAAAAUCUUAUCUGAAUAUCAGACAGUUCCUGUUAUUCAAGAUUAUUUUCCUGGUUGCUGGCAUCAUCAUGAUAAAGAUGGACGUCCAAUAUACCUUCUUCGAUUAGGCCAGAUGGAUGUGAAAGGUCUUCUGAAAUCAGUAGGAGAAGAUGGUUUAUUGAAACUGACUCUUCAUGUAUGUGAGGAAGGCCUACAGCGAACGGAGGAGGCUACAAGGUCAGGUGGAAAGCCUAUCUCAACCUGGUGCCUGCUUGUUGAUCUGGAGGGCCUGAACAUGAGACAUCUGUGGCGCCCUGGGAUAAGGGCGCUGCUGCGAAUAAUAGAAAUUGCAGAAGCUAAUUAUCCUGAAACUUUGGGCCGUGUUCUCAUCAUCAGAGCUCCGAGGGUUUUCCCUAUCAUGUGGACUCUCGUUAGUACAUUCAUUGAUGAUAAUACAAAAAGUAAGUUUUUGCUUUUUGGUGGAAAUGAUUAUCAAGAGGAAGGAGGCUUAGUCGACUACAUCCCUCAAGAAUAUGUUCCUGAUUUCCUUGGAGGUCCUUGCAAGGCCACUAUUUGUGAUGGUGGACUCGUACCAAAAUCAAUGUACAUGUCAGAGGUUGCAUUGGAGAGAGAAGGAUGUCCUCUUACUGAGGAUAGUAUCUACCGUUCUGUCACACUUGGAAGGGGACAAGUGCAUGAAGUGCAAAUAAACAAUGACGAUCCGGGUAGUGUCAUAACCUGGGAUUUUGAUGUUAUGCGUCAAGAUGUUGUUUUCUCGGUUUUCCACACUAAAGUUCCCCUUCCAAUGAAAGAGACUGUGCACUCGCCCACAGGUACACUGCAGUCGUUUGCUGAGCAUAUGAAUCCAUUAGCUGUGGACUAUGAACAUCGAUCUGCAAUUGACAAGCAUUGGAAGGAAGGUGUGGAUUAUUUCCGAAUGGAAAAUCCUGUUGUUUGCCAUGAUGGAGAAAGCAUUCAGGGAUCUCAUGUAGCAACUCAAUCUGGUACAUACAUUCUACAAUGGAAAUUUUAUUGUAACCAUCAACUUGACCUUUUGGAUACGAUUACAGCACCAAAAGCUCAAGUCAUGUACUUUUAUGAGCAGUUGAAGUCAGCUGAUUAUAAGGGCUCCAUGUCUAGCCUGCAGUCUGGCAACAGUGCACUUUCAACCAUGAGCUUGAAGUCUGGGACAAGUUCUUGCCCGUCCAGAUGAUGGCUAAGCCCCGCCGAUGCACGCCCAGUGUCGGGAAGCAGCUGACAGACCAGGGGAUGCUAGGCGGUACCACAAGCACUUCGCAAUGGACCUUUCAAAGAGAUGUUUAUGUUCCCUUCUCUAGGCUUUGAGGCUUAGAUUGAGUUUAGAAUCAUCUUAAAUAGAAAAAGAGCUCAUCCUCCACACUAGUUUAGAGGACGUCUAGCACUGAUGUUACUUUUAUGGAACAUUGCUGCAGACGAUUCACUUUGUAAGUGCUGAAUUUGAAGGGAAUGUUAGUUACAUAUUACACAUCUCUUCCAUUGCAGGAGAUAUACAUCACCUCACUGUUAAAUUAUCACAAAUUAAUUAUCCUUUACCCAACUUUGUAUUUUUUGCUCUUUGCUACCUUUGGCAUGUUCCCAUGAAGUUGUUAGAUUUUGGCGGUCCGUUUUCAUAUUUCUCAAUUUUACACAUAUUGUAUCAGCUUUUCAGUCUUAAAUAGUAUUUGGCCUUUUCAAGUGAUGUUUUUUGACUUAUCCUAGGGACAAGAACUACUCAUCUUCUGAUUGGGGUGAUGUGUGUAUUGCUGUAGGUAUUGGCUAGCAAAUGUAGUGCACUUAUUAUUUUAUGAGUAUAUUUCUUGGCCAGUUGGGUGUUGGGUGGGUUUUACGUUUUUUGACUUCCUCAUAAUUAUUGUAAUGUGUGCGUUCUGAACUUGUUUCUGUAUUAGAUGUAAGAAAUUUGUAGUCAAUUUACCUAUGUCUUAGGUGCUCUCAGUGUCAAUGGAAUGAGGUGUGCCAAAUUUUAGCUUAAGGUAGUAAUUAUUGUUACUUAGCAUUGAAUUGCAGCUGCUCUAAAUUCCAACCUUUAAUUCUUCAAUCGUGCUCUUCCAUAGGUCUUUCAUAGAGGGAACCUUGUUGGACAAAAUUGUAGUAGUGAUAUCAUGAUAUACAGUAGUUCAACUGCUUAAAUCAUAAAAAUUGAGAGUGAUUGCUGGUGUUUAAAAAAAUGUUAUUUAAAAAAGAAAAGGAAAAAAAAACUGAUCAUAGGAAAUUGAACAUAGAAUUUAUGUGAUCAUGAGAUUUAAGCUCUAAUCUCAUGUUGUGAUAUUGAAUUUCAUUGGGUUUCUUUUGAACCCACUUGUGAGUAUUUAGUCAGUCCCCUUCCUUUUUUUUCUUUUAGAAAAUUUUGCUUUCCCUUACAUUUUAUUGUUACUCACUUUGUAAAAUUAUUAUUGAGGAACUUUGCUGCGUGGCUGGAGUUUACAUCACAUUCCUAUCAUGAUGAUAACCAUGCAGUCCACUUUUUACAAUUGGUGCAGAAUGUACAUGUCUCCUACCUCUAUUAUCUUGUUUUGAAAAACAGAAGGAGGGCAUUUGGUACAUGUGGUAUAAAAGUGAAAGUUAGGAAAAUAUUAGGAAAGAACAUUUUGUUUUAAACAUUACUAGCCUUGAUGUGUUCGUUUAGAAUUGUAUUUUUAGCCAAUGAUCAAAUUAUCCACCAGAAUGCUAUGAGCAGAAGAUAAGCUUAUUCUGAUAUAUUGUGGGUCCUUUUUUUUUUUUUUUUCGUUUUGUUACUAUGCAUUGAACACACGAAAGACCCAACUUAGUCUGCUCCUGUUUUUCUCUCUGGAUUUAAUGGUUCCUAGAGGUGCCAUCUCGCCGGUGUUCAAAGUGUGCAUUGACCAGUUCCUUGUAGUGAUAUUUAUUUUUUGUGUGUGCUUUUUCUUUGUGUUAUGCCUGCCUGUUCGUGCCACUGCAGGUGGGUGCAGUUCAGGUUUCAGUGUCAAUUUCAUCAUCACUCAAGUAGGUUGUUUUACUUUUAGUUCCCAUCUUUCCUCAUCAUUGUUAUUAUUAUUAAUUGAGUCACAAUGAAAGACGGCUGAUUAGAUAAUUACCAUACCCUGUACUUUUUGGCAAUGAUCUGUGUGAUGUGUCUUCAGUAGAUAUGCUGUUUUAAUUGUGAUGUAUGGUUAUGACCAUUAUUUUCUUUUAUCCAAACCUAGUGGUUUCAUUUUUGUGUAGGUUUUAGUGAACUGAAAGAAUGAUUUAUAGAAAAUGCUGUAGCAAAGACAUGUGGUUGUUGUCUUCAUCGUUGUGACGAAUUUGAACAAACCUGAUCUGAUUGUCAAGAUUUUUUUAUGCUUGAUUUUAGUUUUAUGUAAGAGACUGGUUUAUUUUUAAAAUGAUUUCCUUUCACUAGUGAAAGUUAUUUCAAUCAAAUUUUUAUUUGUCCCAUAUUAUGGUUUUCAAAUGUUGUUUUUAUAAUUUCUUUAUUGUCAGAGGCCAAACUUAAAAUCAACAUAUCUCUUCUACUUCAAGUAACUAUGUAGUAUGUUUAGCAUAUCCUUGUCUGGAAAUAGAAGUGGCCUCCACUUUAACCAGUAGUGCCGAUGUACUAUAUUUUUGUCAAUUUGAAGGUUUAGACAGGGGCUGAACUUUACGAGCUCUUGGUUUUAGAAAUAUGAACUCCUAUACCAUUUGCUAAUGUUCCAGUGCUAGCCCAAUGUCCUUCUCCCUGUGUCCAAUACAAAUAAAUUUGUUUACUUCCAACUUUUACAGUUCUUCAAUUAGUUCUGUCGGUUGCUUUAGGGACCAGUUUGAUAUUGUAGUAACCAUAUUGAUCUCACAGAUUCUAUAGGUUUUCCAUGUUUAUUACUGGAAGUGUUUAGUUCUGUACCUCUGUUUGAUUUCUAUCUGUGUAUAAGUUAAUUUUGAAGUUUAAAUGCUCACUCCCUCCAUUCCUAUGGAGUGUCUGUCUUAUGUUUUGAUCAAUAUUUUUAAUAUAAUGUUGAUUUCUUGCUGGCCCAAGAAACAUCAUCAGUUCCACCUUUGACUUUCAUUUUUCAUCUUUAUUAUGCAUUUGUGAUUCGCAUGGUAUGGCUCUGCAACUUUAAUUUCCAUUUGUUACUUUAAGUACGUGCUGGUUCAAUGCAUCUCAUAGUUCUUUUAAUCAAUAGAAUGUAUUUCAUUUUACUGUAAGUAGACAGUGUAGAUUUACAGAGGCAUUCAACUAAUUUGAUUUGCACACGCCCUCCAUUUUAUAGUUCUUUGCAACUUGGCAUGGGCACUGUAUUUACUUGGAGGCUUAGUUUUAUAGAAUACUGAUGUUUUCAGAGAUGACUGAGACUUUCUCAUGUAAAGUUUCAGUCAGGGAAAUAGAAGUUGGAAGUAUUCAGUAGCUUAAAACGUUUCCAUAUGUAUCCUGUCCAUAAAAGUUCUAUUGGCACGUGGUGGUGGUGAUUGGCUACCCUAUGCUGUGAAUAUUGUUGAUGCUCAACCCUCCUUACAUUUUAAGUCACGAGAAGUUUCAGUGACGUUGUGAUUCAGCUGGAUCUGAUGAGAACAGAUAUUUUUGUGACAUGUUAUUUUCUAUGAGGGCCUUGUAUUGAUGGAAGGGAAACAUACAUGCAACGUGUAUUGGGUGGUAAGCAUGUGAAUGUCAUGAGAUUGGUAAUAAAUAAUCGUACAUGCUUUA